ACAAUUUGAUUACAGCAUGCUUAUGUACAUAGGUAUGCAGCAUUGUGUGCCGCAACUUAUGCAGUUAGUGUUAUCUUUUACCAUGGAUUGUUAAGCCCAGCUAAAUAUUUGUUGCUAGCCAUCCUCAACUCAUUCCACACACAAUCACAUGUGGGGACAUAAUUCUUAUUUUUCUACCCGAGACUCGGAUUCCGAGUUUGAAUGAUUAACUAAAUACUUGAUUAAAACGUUUUCUCUAAAUAUUUUCUACAAACAAAAUUAUAUAUUUAAUUUAAGAAGUAGCCUUAAAUAAGCACCUUAACGCUUUUGUUGCAGCAGUAACUAAAAUAUAUCAAGGAAACAAUACAUUCUGAAAAUAAAUUUAAAAAAAUCCCAAACCAUAAUUAGCCGAAAACAUACAACUUCCCUCACAAAUUCUAAAACAAAAUGGCAUUUCCCCCAAGUCACGGAUCAAAUUCAGCCUCCUCCCUCGACAAAUUUAAAUCAGAUCUACAUCAAGAACUCGAAAAUCUGACCAAUCCCACCGUAACGGAACAAACUACGUGGAUGUGUACCAACAAAGAAUUGAACAUAAUAGGACAGCUUGACUACAUCAAAAAGAACAAGGAUCAACAUGACGGCUCUGCCAGCAUAUGUAUCACCCGAACUUCGACCACAAUGUUUCACUCACUUCCGGAAGGAUGGACUGGAAAUGAUAUGGAGUUAAGCGACUUGAAUCGCGUAGGGAUUUCCACAUUAGCUAAAAAUCCUAACAUCGUCCUCUGGGGAAAGUAUUUUCUCUGUCGGACGAUAACCGAGGCGUCCAAAAUUGUCGCGAUGGAGACCGUGGUGGAUGAUCCCGUCGGAAAAUGGGGAGUUCGUCUUGCACUUUACAACUGGUCACCAGACUCGUCCGUGGAGAGCACUGAUUUCCAAGAAGUCCUGCCCCUUGGUGUGUACUUAAUUGUGAGGAAUCCAUGGUUCAAAUCUACUGCUAGUGGGGGACUUGUCGUUCGCUGUGAUAACCCCGCAUUCGUGGACUUGAUUACCCCGAAAGAUAUGGAAAAUAGAUUUCCAGGACUGAAAUGGAAAUCUGCAGUUCCUUCGAUCCACUUUCAACAUGUCCCAUUUUGGCAGAAAUAUACUUCAGAUUUAGAAAUAUUCAAUAUUUCCAAGACAUUGGGCAACAAGGCGUUUGUUUCGAAGCGAUACACGGACGCGGUUCGUUGGUACAAUGUGGCUCUUAAAUACUCUCAAGAUGAUGGCCAGAAGGUCACCCUGUGCUGUAACUUGUCUGCCACGUGUGUCAACUAUGGCUGCCCCCAAACCGGACUUUUCUACGCUGAGGAGGCAUUAAAACUUGGAGAGAAGAAAAACGAAAGAGCUAUUUACAGGAAAGCCAAGGCUUUAUUGGAGUUAGGAAAUUAUGAGGAGACAUUGACUUUUCUGGAGGAAACAUUCAUACAGAAUGGACAUCUCGGGGAAAUGACUGAUUUCCAGAACUUGGUAAAAUUGGCGAAACAUCGCAAGUUGAAAAUCUUCAAACCGGACCAAUUAGUCGCAUUUAUAAAGCCUCCCUCAACCCCAUUGGAUACGUCAUAUCUUCAAGAAAUCCAUUCCAGUUCUUUCAUCAUAUCUCCAGUUGCGGGUAAAGGUCGCGGUGUCCUCGCCACUCGAGACAUUCCUGCCGGAACGGUCCUCCUCGGUUGCAAAGUAUUUGCACACUAUGGCGAAAAAAUUGAAAAAUCGCAACUGUAUUUCAGCAGCAAUAUCGGUUCGAAGACGGCUCACUCGAAACCCGGGCAUGAUCAAGUUGUAGCACAAAUCGCCAACAAAUUACUAAUUGAACCCAGUCUCGGAAACGCGAUUUAUUCACUCACGGCAGGACAUGAGCUUGGAUUUUUGACUCCAGGUGACGUCAGGACAAAAUCUGUCGACAUGAAACGGCUUGAUCGCAUCGUGUCCAUUAAUUCAUUCGGAACGGAUGAGAAAAUGGAGGGACACAACCAAUAUUCGGGUGUAUGGAUUUUGCCAUCAUUCUUUAACCACUCGUGUACAGAGGCAAACGUGACGUGGAAUGUGUACGAAGAUUACAUGAUCUUACGGACGAGCAAACUCGUGAAGCAAGGCGAAGAGCUCUUCUUAUUAUACGUCGCCCCUACCAAAACGUAUGAGGAAAGACUGAACUGUUUUAAAGGACAUGAGUUUCAAUGUUCCUGUCCCCUCUGCAUUUUGGACUCCUCUGAACCCAAUGCAAUAAAAGUUAAGCGAGCCAAAAUACUGGCAAAAUUGAAUGCUUGGAAAUCCGAAGAUUACCGAUGUGACUCCUCCAAAGUUGGGAAGGCUUUGAAAAAAGUUAAAAUCUUGCAAAAUUUGCGAGAAUCAUACAAUCCGUGUCUCUUGGAGGACUCGAUAUAUGCAUUGGGCGAUGCUCUGUAUGGGUUCUGGGAUUUUAAGAAAUGUGCUGAUUUACUCUCGAUGUGCAUUAACGUUGCAGAAGAAAUUGGUGAUAGAGUCCAAGGGUUCAAAUUACGGAUAAAUCUGAUCCGAUGUUUCAUUGAAAUUGGAGAUUUGGAUAAUUUGAACAAAGAAAUCGACACCUUGAAGAAAGAUGCAGUUAUUUUAUUCGGUUGUUUAGAAGCUUGUUCGGUUUUUGGUAGCGUAACUGUGAAUGACUUGAAGACUAAAUGCAAUAUCGACAUUUAUCAAUAGAAGUGACCUGGAACUUCGCAAUAUUAGACUGGGAAUACACAUGCACAUUUGUUAUAUUUUUAUAUUUGGUAUCUUUAUUUACACGAGGUUCAUGUGAAUAUAAAUGACGAAAAAUUUAAGGUGUAUGUAAAAUCUGCCCAAUGCUCCCAAAACCGAGUUUUUGAUUGUACUAAAUUUGUAAUGGUUAUGGUUAUUGUUUUGAUAAGCCAAUCAAAAAA